UGCACCAAGCGCAUGCGCAAUGCCACCUUACGUGGCAUCGGCAGCAGUCACUGUUGCAGCGAAGUAUAUACAUUUUCUUCAUUUAGUGUAAACAUUUGUGGAAAUAUUAACUUUUGUUAUGGUUCAAAUACAUUUAACAUUACAACAAUAAAACAUGAAUCCACAAUACUUACAACAACAACAGCAACAGUCACAACAACCAUCUGGCUAUUUUCCUGGUCCUCCAACUUCAUCUCCAUAUGGAGAAGUAAAUUCUAACAUCGCUCCAAAUAUGUUAAAAGGAUCUCCUAUGAAUUCACAAACAUAUGCUUCUCAAAAACCAAUGCAAGGACCUCCUUUAAGUAAUUUACACCAGUCUCAAGUUCCAUAUUAUAUGAAUAAUAUACAAACAGAAGGAAACACUCAAUAUGAAUCAGCUACAAAUAAUCCACAUAUGACAACACCUUUGCCAAAUCAGAAUAAUAUAGUUAAUCAGAUGACGAAUAUGUCCUUAGGAGAUCAACAAAGACCACCAUCAGUGCAGAAUUAUCCUCCACCACCCUUACCUGGAAAAACUAGUCCAGUGGUAUCUACACCUUCAAAUAUUAAUGGUUUUAAUAAUGCAUUAGAUACAUCAGUAGCUGGUUCUACUGGACAGACUGAUCCUAGUGGAAAAGCAGGACAAGAUAUGCAGCAACAAAGACCAGCCUCAAAAAAUACCACACCACAGUCCAUGAGUCUUCCAUUUUCAGGGCAUUCCACAAUGUCUACUUCUGGUCAAUAUUAUUCUGGACAAACUUUAUCAUCCGAACAGAUGUUCAAUACUGGAUUGUCUUCUUCAAAUCAACAUCAAUCUGGACAAAUGAAUGUUACUGAUACAUCUCCUGGACAUUCAAACUUUCCAAGACCACCAGUGGGGCAAAGAUCUGCAACCCUACCGUUACAAGGACAGCAGAAUAUGUCUAGUUUACCUUUAUCUGGGCAACAAAAUCUUUCUAACCCACCAAUGCCAGGACAAGCAAACUUAUCUGGACCUCCAUUGUCCGGCCAACAAGGCCAUAGCAAUGCAUUUAUGCAAGGACCACCUGGACAGCACAACUUACCUGCCCCAUCUAUGUCAAAGCAAAAUUUAUCAGGCCCACCUUUACCAGGACAACCAUCUUUAUCUGGUUCUUCGCUUCCACCACCACCUUUACCGGGACAACAAUAUUCUUCUUUACAAGGGCAGCAAAAACCGGGUCAUUCUUACUCGGAAUCAAAUAUGCCCACGUCUAAUUUAUCCAGUUUACCACCAAUGAAUCAACAAAACGUACAUCCACCUCCCAUGUUGGGUCAACAAAGUGUUGCUCCACCCCCAUUAACAAAUCAACAAAGUUACAGCAGACCGCCAUUAUUAGGACAGCAGAAUUUAUCUGGUCCACAACUGCAACCCCCGUUAGGUGGUCAACAUGUAGGACAAAUGAUGAAUUCUGGUGCAAAUAUGCCACAAACAGGUCAGAAACAAUAUGCUUCUGGACCUCCAAUGCACGGUCAAACUAUGGGAAGUCCUCUAGGACUCAAUCGUAGUCCACCCGGCGCGAUGCCGGGCUACCAACAUACAGGAUAUCAAAGCUAUAAUAACGAUAUGUAUAAUGCCCAAAGAGGUGUGUAUCAAGGUGGUACACCGGGAGUUGCAGGUGGAUAUCAGCCGGGUAUUCAACCACAGCAAGCUAAACGUUUAGACCCUGAACAAAUGCCAAGCCCAAUUCAAGUAAUGCAAGAUGAUCAGCGUGUCAGAGGUGGUGUAUUUGUCACAAACCAAAAGGGACUGGUCCCGCCAUUAGUAACUACAAAAUAUGUGACGCAGGAUCAAGGAAAUGCGUCCCCUAGAUAUAUCAGAUCUACUAUGUAUACUGUUCCUACGACAGCAGAUAUUAUAAAACAAACGAAUGUUCCGUUUGGUCUAAUAAUAAGUCCAAUGGCUCGUGUUGCGGAAAGCGAGUACGAACCACCUAUUGUGGAUAUGGGUGAGAUUGGUCCAGUUCGUUGCGUACGAUGUAAAGCAUACAUGAGUCCAUUUAUGCAGUUCAUCGAUGCUGGCAGAAGAUUCCAAUGCAUGUUCUGUAAAGCAACAACGGAAGUUCCAUCGGAAUAUUUCCAACAUUUGGAUCACACUGGUCAACGCAUGGACCGCUAUGAGAGGCCGGAAUUAAUGUUAGGAACGUACGAGUAUGUUGCUACCCAGGAUUAUUGCAAGAACAAUACUUUCCCAAAAUCACCAGCUUUUGUAUUCGUGAUCGAUGUAUCAUACAACACAGUUAAGUCCGGUUUAAUCAAUCUCUUGUGUGCGCAAAUGAAAUCAAUUUUACGGCAUCUGCCUGUCGAUGCUGGUCAAACAAAAUCAAACAUGAAAGUAGGAUUUAUAACGUACAAUAAUACAGUGCAUUUUUACAAUAUUAACCCUUGCCUUGCUCAACCACAAAUGAUGGUUGUGGGAGAUGUACAAGAUGUAUUUAUGCCACUUCUUGAUGGAUUCUUAUGCGACGUUGAAGAAAGCGAAGCUGUUAUUGAUAGUUUAAUGACGCAGAUACCGACAAUGUUUGCGGAUACUCGAGAAACAGAAACAAUUCUCGCUCCUGCGAUACAAGCUGGAUUAGAAGCAUUAAAAGCUUCAGACUGUGCUGGAAAAUUAUUGGUUUUUCAUUCAUCUUUACCAAUCGCUGAAGCUCCCGGUAAACUGAAAAACCGUGAUGAUCGUAAAGUUCUUGGAACAGAGAAAGAAAAAACCGUGCUAGCACCACAAAAUAAUGUCUAUAAUAACUUAGGCCAAGAAUGUGUUGGCGCGGGAUGUUCUGUAGAUUUAUUUAUCUUUAAUAACUCGUACGUAGACGUUGCAACAAUAGGUCAAAUUUGCAGACUAACUGGUGGAGAAGUUUAUAAAUAUACAUAUUUCCAGGCUGAUAUAGACGGUGACCGCUUAAUUGCAGAUGUUAUUAAUAACAUUAGUAGACCAAUUGCAUUUGAUGCGAUUAUGCGUGUACGUACGUCUACUGGUGUUCGAGCAACUGACUUCUACGGACAUUUCUUUAUGUCCAAUACGACGGAUAUGGAAUUAGCUAGUAUAGAUUGCAAUAAGGCUGUUGCUGUAGAAGUAAAACAUGAUGAUAAAUUAACUGAUGAUGAAGGUGUAUAUAUUCAAGCAGCUUUGUUGUAUACUUCAUGCGGCGGAGUCAGAAGAUUGCGUAUCAUUAAUCUUAGUUUAAAAACUUCUUCUCAAAUGGCUGAAUUGUACCGAGCAUGCGACUUGGAUGCGAUCAUUAAUUACUUCUCCAAACAAAGUGUUUUCAAACUAAUUGAAUCGACUCCGAAAACUGUUAAAGACAACUUAGUUGCAAGAUGUGCAAAUAUGCUAGGCGCGUACCGGAAACAUUGCGCUUCUCCAUCCAGCGCAGGCCAAUUAAUAUUACCAGAAUGUAUGAAAUUGCUACCACUUUAUAUCAAUUCGUUAUUAAAGAAUGAUGCAAUAUCUGGAGGUGCUGAUAUGACUAUUGAUGAUAGAUCUUUUGUUAUGCAAGCAGUUGCAACUAUGCCCAUUUCAAUAUCCGUUGUAUAUAUUUAUCCAAGAUUACUUCCUUUACACGAUGUCGAUCCGCAAGAUACAGAAUUGCCCCAAAUGUUGCGCUGCUCCAUUGACAAGUUUACCGAUGACGGCGCGUACUUACUAGAAAACAGUGUCCACAUGUUCCUGUGGCUAGGCCUAGCACUCUCUCCGCAAUGGGUGCAGGCAGUAUUCGGUGUUCCAUCAGUAGUUCAAGUUGAUACAGAUCGUACCGCACUGCCAAUAUUAGAUACACCAUUGAAUAAACGAAUCACAGAUAUUGUCAAUCGUGUACGCGUGGAAAGGCAUCGGUGUAUGAGGUUAACUAUAGUGAGACAACGUGAAAAACUUGAAAUGGUUUUGCGUCAUUUCUUAAUCGAAGACAGAGGAAAUGAUGGAAGUCCAAGUUACGUCGAUUUUCUUUGCCACAUGCACAAAGAAAUAAGAACACUUCUUAGCCAAUAAUUGAAUCUUAAAGCAAUCAGUUACCUUGUGUUGGAAUUUUAGCAUGCUACAUGUUCGUGGCUAUUGAAAUGUAUAUCAAG